CUCGUGGCGUUGGCACUGCUGGCGCUGUGCUGCGCGCGCGCGCGCGCCCACGUCGUGGAGACGCCGGAGCUGGCGCGGUACAAACUGCAGCCGGAACUGUGGAUGUCCUCGACCGAGCUGAUUAGCGGCCGCGGCUACCCGGUGGAGACGCACGUGGUCACCACGCCGGACGGCUACCUGCUCGAACUGCACCGCAUCCCCUCGUCGCCGAAGGCCGGCAACGCCACCGCGCCGCACCGCACGCCCCUGCUGCUGGCCCACGGCAUGGGCUCCAGCGACGAGCAGUGGCUCGUCCCCACGCCCAACCUCGCGUUCAUUCUAGCGGACCACGGCUACGACGUCUGGCUGACCAACUACAGGGGCAGCUUCUACGGCCGACGCCACACCUCGAUCAACCCCAAAUCGCCAGAGUUUUGGGAUUUCAGCUGGCACGAGAACGGCGUCAUCGACCAGCCCGCCAUGAUGGACUACGUCCUGGAGGUGACCAAGCGCCCCAAGCUCGUCAUGAUCGGCCACUCCAUGAGCACCACGGCGCAGAUCGUGCUGCUGGCGGAGCGGCCCGAGUACGCCGACAAGGUGCUGGCCGGCGUCUACCUGGCGCCCACCGUCUACUUCAGGCACCCCGUCGGCAUGAUGGACUUUCUGCGCGCCCUGGCCAAGACCUUCCCCUCCCUCAAGACCGCGUACAGCCGCUACGUGUCCAACAACCCGAUGCCGGGCAUGGACCACGGCCUCUUCAAAUCCUGCCACCCGCUCACCAGGCGGGGCAAGGCCCGGCCGGUGUGCAGGUUCUUCAUCGAGUGGGGGGGAGGGGCGCCGCAUCAGCCGGAGGACCUGGACUUGAUGCUGAGGAUGAUGGGCCACUACCCCACGGGGGCGUCCAUCCGACAGGUCAUGCACUACUUCCAGGGCAUCACGUCAGGUGAGUUCCGGCAGUACGACUACGGAGCGCAGAGGAACCGGCAAAUUUACGGUUCCCGCCUGCCGCCGCGCUACAACCUCACCAACGUCAGAGCGCCGACCUACUUGUACUACUCUGUCAGCGACGGCUUGGUCAGCAUGCUGGACGUCGAGGAGCUGGUGGAGAACCUCCCCUCGGUGAAGGUGCUCGAGCUGCACAAGGUGGGCGGAAACCAAUUCAGCCACCUCGACUACAUUCUAGCGUCCGAGGACUCCGACUUGUACCAAUCCAUUCUGAAAAGUCUCGAUAAAUACACCAGGUAACAGCUUCAGAAACAGCCGAAAGCAUUUGAGG